GAGGGGAGACAUUGAAUGAGAGGGACAGAGAGUGAAGAGAGGAGAGGAUUCUCAAAAAACUUCUACAACUUAGAAAGUGAAACUGCAGAGCCCGGUGUCCACUGUUCCUUCAUGCAUGGCUGAUUAGCUUCUUCUCAUCUCGUUUUCUAUAAAAGUUUUGUGGCAGAGAAGGGGGUCUCUGCACUGAAAGAUGGACCGUUUAAAGAGGAUGGCGUCGUGUAGGAGAAUACCGCUAUUUCGUAUUAUGCUGCUCCUAGCAACGACCCAAGCUGCCGAACAUAUCGAUGUGCUGCGGGUGCUGAAGCUCUCAGACCGUUUGGAGGGUGUGUCAAUGGAGGCUGGCCUUUGUUUCAGCAGGAUGGACAUGCAGGAGACAGACAUGGCCUACAGGAUAGAAAAGAAGAUCCAACUCAGUGUACCCACCAAACAACUCUUUCCAGACUCGUCCUUCCCUGUGGAUUUCUCCCUGAUGGCCACGGUGAGGGCCAAGAAGGGCGCCCAGUUCUUCCUGCUGUCUGUAUAUGAUGAAGAGGGUGUUCAGCAGCUGGGUCUGGAGAUGGGCCGCUCGCCUGUCUUCCUGUAUGAGGACCAACAGGGACAGCCCCCACCGGAGCUCUACCCCAUCUUCAAGAAGAUCAACCUAGCUGAUGGAAAGUGGCACAGGAUAGCCUACAGUGUAGAGGGCCAGUCAGUCACCCUCUACCUAGACUGUGAGAAGGUCAGCACUCUGGAGUUACUGCGAGGGGACAGCCCUGUGGUCAGUACUGAUGGAGUGACAGUGUUUGGGACGAGACUACUGGACGAGGAGAUGUUUGAGGGAGACAUCCAGCAGCUGUUGAUUGUCGAGGACCCGCGUGCUGCGUCUGACUACUGCCUGAACUACAUCCCUGACUGUGACUCUCCUCUGCCAUAUAACAGCCAGGCCCAGGAUCCUGAGCAGACUCCCCACCUUAAGCCUGACCUUACCGUGCUGAGAGAUGACCCCAUGAUACCAGGUGAAAAGCCAAAGGAGCCAAAGAAACGCUCCAAAAAACAGAGGAAAGGCAAGAAGGACAGAAAGAACAGGGACCAGAAGGGGCGGGGCAAAAAGGAGUCCAGGAAGAAGAGAAAAGAAGGAGAGGGGGGUCCUGAGGAGGAGGGCUUCAUCAGGGUGUCCACAAUAUUGCCGGAAUACACCUCCCUAGAGCCCUACUAUACCCCUGAAGUGUUUACUCCUGAAGCUGCCAUGACAACCCAGGCCCCUGACCAGACUACAAUCGUCCCCACACAUCAGCCUGAAUCUGACCUUGAGGACCCCUCCGUGGUGCCCAGUGAACUGCCUGAGUCUAAGGUCACUGAGGAGGAGGAGUGGCCACUGAAAACGCCACAGACCGAAGAGUACCAUGAAAACGUCCACGGCGACUUGUACGAUGACCUCGCCGUUUCCACGGUAACAGUGGCACCCAAUAUCACAGAGUACGAGACUAUUGAUUACGGGGACAUGAGGAAUGAGACAGAGAGACAAGAGUAUGAAGAGUAUGAGUUAUAUGAGGAUGGAUACGGCUUUGCAGAGAGAGAGGGGGCUGAUAGCUGGAAUGGAGAGGCCAAUGCUAGAGCACUAAAAGGAGAGAAGGGAGAGCCAGCCAUCAUUGAACCGGGUACACUGGUGGAGGGGCCAGUUGGGCCCCCGGGCCCGGAGGGUCUUCCAGGCAUACCAGGACUAGUGGGUCCUACAGGACUCAGCGGAGAGCCCGGUGAUUUGGGUCCUCCAGGACGUCCUGGUUUAUCUGGGGUCGAUGGUAUACCUGGUCCUCCAGGAACCAUGCUAAUGUUACCAUUCCACCACGGCGGUGACUCUAUGAAGGGGCCCGUGGUGUCGGCCCAGGAGGCUCAGGCCCAGGCCAUCCUACAGCAGACCAAGAUGUCGUUGAAGGGACCUCCCGGUCCACUGGGUCUCACAGGGCGACCCGGCCCACUGGGUCUCCCUGGUCCAUCCGGACUCAAAGGUGAUGCUGGAGAAGACGGCCCAUCGGGACCUCGUGGUGCUCCAGGCCCUCCAGGACUCAGCGGGAAGUUAGGAAAGAGGGGCCGGGCCGGAACGGAUGGAGGUCGCGGAGCGCCAGGGGAGACGGGGGGAAAAGGUGAUAGAGGCUUUGACGGACUGCCAGGUCUCCCCGGAAACAAGGGCCACAGAGGGGACAGAGGGAAACCUGGACCACACGGACCUGUUGGAGAGACAGGAGAAAAGGGUUUAGAUGGACCCGUAGGGCCCAGUGGACAGCCGGGUGAACCUGGACCCAGAGGACUUGUUGGACCCAGAGGGCCCCCCGGACCGCCGGGACAACCAGGUAUUACAGGUGUUGAUGGAGUUCAAGGUUCAAAGGGCAACCAGGGACCCCCCGGAGAGACAGGACCCCAUGGACAACAGGGAAAUCCUGGUGUACAGGGCCUGCCAGGUGCUCAGGGUCCCAUCGGCCUGCCAGGAGAGAAGGGUCCCCUUGGGAAAGGUGGCAUGCAGGGACUCCCUGGUAUCGAUGGCCCCGCCGGCCAUCCAGGAAGGGAAGGGCCUCCAGGAGAGAAGGGGCUAACAGGUUUGCCAGGAGCCCAGGGGCCUGUGGGUUACCCAGGGACUCGUGGUGUUAAGGGAGCUGAUGGAGUGAGAGGUCUGAAGGGGAGUAAAGGAGAAAAGGGUGAAGAUGGGUUCCCCGGGUUCAAAGGUGACAUGGGCCUCAAGGGAGACAGGGGUGAUAACGGGGUCACAGGGGGUCGUGGAGAGGAUGGGCCCGAGGGCCCUAAAGGCCAAUCUGGACCCCUGGGAGAGGCUGGAGCUGCUGGCAUAGCUGGAGAGAAGGGUAAGCUGGGUGUACCUGGGUUGCCAGGCUACCCUGGAAGGCAGGGGCCCAAGGGAUCUGUGGGUUUCCCUGGUUCUGCCGGGAUUCUGGGAGAGAAGGGAAGACGGGGUCCAACUGGUGAAGCAGGAACCGGGGGUCAGAGGGGCCCUAAUGGUGCCAGAGGAGGGAGAGGAGCCCGAGGACCUACAGGAAAGUCAGGAGACAAGGGCACUGCUGGCCACGAAGGCCCUCCAGGACCAAAUGGAGAACAGGGAGCCCAAGGACCACAGGGAAGGAAUGGCGAGCCAGGUCCUAAAGGUCCUAAUGGUGUCACAGGAAAAGAUGGACUGCCAGGUCACCCAGGCCAGCGGGGGGAGCCAGGCUUCCAAGGCAAAACUGGUCCACAAGGACCAAUGGGUGUGAUUGGGCCACAGGGUAAUUCUGGGGAGACUGGUCCCAAUGGGGACCGAGGACAUCCUGGGUCACCAGGACCUCCUGGAGAGACAGGUUUACCUGGAGCGGCAGGCAAGGAGGGAGCCAAGGGGGACCCGGGUCAGUCGGGAGCUUCAGGGAAGAUCGGCCCUGCUGGGCUCCGUGGGUUCAGGGGGAUCAGGGGCAACCCUGGCGCCAUGGGGCCUGCUGGAUUGAAAGGAGCAGAAGGGCCCAGCGGUCAGCCAGGAGCAAUGGGAGCCAGUGGGGAGAGAGGGCCUCCCGGAGCGGCUGGUGCUAUUGGUCAGCCCGGACGCGGAGGUGGCGUUGGCCCAGGAGGACCAAUGGGAGAGAAGGGCGAGCCAGGAGAGAAGGGGCCAAUCGGUCCCGCUGGACAGGACGGGGAGCAGGGGCCCCUUGGACUUCCAGGGGCUGCUGGGCCCGCCGGCCCCCCGGGAGAUGAUGGAGACAAGGGAGAGACGGGAGGACCUGGCCAGAAGGGGAGCAAGGGAGACAAAGGAGAACACGGCCCACCAGGACCUACUGGAAUCCAGGGACCCGUGGGUCAACCAGGGUUACCGGGUGUUGACGGGGAGGCAGGACCCAGGGGUCAGCAGGGGAUGUACGGACCGAAGGGAGACGAGGGAGCUAGAGGACAUAAGGGGACCACAGGACCCAUGGGACUACAGGGCAUGCCAGGACCCCCAGGAGAGAAGGGAGAAAGUGGACAUGUGGGCGCUAUGGGGCCCCCAGGACAACAUGGACCAAGAGGCCCACAGGGGUCCAUCGGAGGACAGGGAGCGGCAGGGCAGCCGGGUGGAGUGGGCCAGCCCGGGGUUGUUGGAGAGAAGGGGGAGGACGGAGAGGCUGGGGUCCCUGGACCAGCGGGAGACACUGGAGCCACUGGUGACAAGGGGGAGCUGGGGGAGAAGGGUGACUCUGGCCCCCCCGGAAUAGCAGGACCGGCAGGACUCCGAGGUACACCAGGAGAAGACGGUCCCAAAGGAAACCCUGGCCCUAUUGGAUUCCCAGGAGAUUCUGGGCCCCCAGGGGAGCCAGGAAUCAAUGGAGCUGAUGGUGGACCUGGGGCCAAGGGAGACAACGGGGAUCCUGGUAAAGCCGGACCCCCAGGAGCUUCUGGAGAACCAGGCCCUUCAGGGGCCCCCGGGCGAAGGGGUCACUUGGGAGUUGCAGGAAAAGAAGGAAAACAAGGAAUGAAGGGAGCAAAGGGGUCCAAUGGUGCAGAGGGAGUAGGGGGGAAGAAGGGUCCAGUGGGGCCGCAGGGACAUCCAGGGAUGCCUGGCCCAGAAGGCCUCAGAGGGAUCCCAGGCCCUGGGGGUGAGCAAGGGUUAAAUGGUCCCCCAGGUCAGACUGGACCCCCCGGACCAAUGGGCCCCCCGGGACUUCCAGGUCUCAAAGGGGACCCAGGCAGUAAGGGAGAUAAGGGUCACGGUGGCCUGAUCGGUCUGAUUGGACCUCCAGGAGAGGUGGGAGAGAAGGGAGACAGAGGCCUGCCCGGAAAUCAGGGCACACCAGGAACCAAAGGAGACGGCGGUACAGGUGGCCCCCCUGGUCCUACUGGCCCCCCAGGGCCCCCUGGACUUUCUGGAGCCAUUGGGGAGAAAGGAUCCAAGGGAGACUUGGGUGCCAUUGGACCUCAAGGAGACACUGGACCUGUUGGACCCCCAGGGCCCCCUGGUCCUCCUGCCACCAUGGUUGAGCCGCUGCCCAUCCGAGAGCGGGAGGGCAAGAGAAAGAAGAGGAGGCACACUGGAAACGUGGGAGGAGGCGCAGCGCCGUUUGAGGAGGCGGAGACAACGGUGGACCUGAAUCAGCAGGGACUCGUGCAGGGAGACCAGCCCAUGCUGGAGGAGGCUGAGGGGAUGGAGGAGGUGUUUGCCUCCCUCACCUCCAUGAAGACAGAGGUGGAGCUGAUGAGGAAACCCCUGGGCACCUUUGAGAGCCCCGCCCGCACCUGCAAGGAGCUCAUGAUGAUCCAGCCGGACUACAGAGACGGUGACUACUGGAUCGACCCCAACCAGGGCUGUCACAGGGACUCCAUCAAGGUUUUCUGUAACUUCACCGCUGAGGGAGAGACCUGCCUCUAUCCUGACAAGAGGAUUGAAACUGUGAAGCCAGCAGCCUGGAACAAGGAGAAGCCAGGAAGCUGGUUUGGCCAAUACAGGAAAGGACGGCAGUUCCAGUACAGUGACUCUGAUGGAAACCCGGUGCACGUCGUCCAGUUGACCUUCCUGAAGCUGCUAAGUGCCACGGCUAGACAGACCUUCACCUACUCCUGCCAGAACUCUGCGGGCUGGUUCGACAGCGCGGCCCGUAGCCACCAGCACGCCCUGCGCUUCCGGGCCAGCAACGACGAGGACAUGACCCAGGCCAAGAGCCCUUUCAUCCGCGCAACACACGAUGGAUGCCAGUUCCGUAAAGGUCAGGAGCGGACUGUCCUGGAGAUCGACUCACCCAGAGCAGAGCUGCUUCCCAUCUUAGACGUAGCCCCUUCAGACUUUGGAAAGAGCAACCAGAAGUUUGGCUUCCACGUGGGACCAGUAUGUUACAACGGUUAAGUAAGGCUUUCUCAGCCACCCAGGAAUCACCUGAUUGGACCUGCACAGCAACUUACCAAUGAGAUGAACUGGACUUUAACGUCGUUUCCACAAGCAAUAUUUAUUAUUAUGUGUUUGUGUAUGUGGUGGGUUUGUGAUAUGUAAGACUGUCGAACAGCCAAUGGGGUGCAAGGUUCCAUGUCUCCCCAUGACAAUAACGACACAUGGCGAAUAGACGAGCGAAGACAAGGAGGAACUAAGCACAUUUAUUAAAGGGAAUUCUUCUAAUUAGAUGUAAUUAAUUUGAAGUGUUUUUUUUUUUUUCAUUUUCAUCCUUUCGUUCGCUAGGAGUAGUCUGUUCCACUUGAAAAAGAACGACAAAAAUGUAGAUCUCACCUUCUUGAAUCACGGGGUUAACGUGUCAUCUGUGCUGGGGACCAGUGUUAGCACCACCCUGUUUAUUAGACCCGGACUGCAGACCAGAGUUGCUACCUAAGAAAUUAUGAUUGGAGUGGAAUGGAAUUAGCAGGAGCCACUAUCUGUCCUGUUCAUUAGCAUGCUCAGUUUGCAGAAGGGUAAUAUCAUAUUCCAGCAUAAUGACAUCAGUUCUGUUGUCAUUACCUGGUGGUGUCUAGCAUGUCAAUUCCAUACUAGUGUGUAAUCUGUCACCAUUCCCUAUGUGUUAAUUAGAAGGUAGAGCAUAUGAUAGAUAUGAUAGCUUUGCAUGGUGCUAUAACCUUUAACUGCAGGUGACGAAUUGAAUGACCGUGAUUAGUGUACAGUAGCAUGUUACUGGUCUACUGAGGCCAAUGGUUACUUGAAUGGACAAGGUUGCUUUUCUAAUUCGACUUGUUAACUCUGCAUGACUGAUGAUAACAGGACCUUCCAGCCCUCCAUGAUCUCACUGACUAUUUGUGUAAAUCUGGCAUCCAUUUUACUCCAGUAAACUGAAUGCCAGGUCUCAGUGGUUGAGCUGAAGCAGUUUCAGCACAAUAAUCAGUUUCAGAGCAUGUUGUUCUUUCACAGGAUAUAAACAUUGUUUUCUCAAAUUUUCUCCAAUUACUCUGCCAUUUCCUUCCAUUGGUUUAUUUGACCUAUGUCAAGGAGCAUUUGACGUGUUUUGGUUUUAAAGAAUCAUUUUAAAAAGAACCAGUCUUGUUCUCCACCUCAGUUGUGUAUUUACUUUUUUAUGUUCUCUUGUUUUGUUUAUACAGUAUGUUGUAAUGUUAAUGAUUUAUUUAGUUUGUUUUAAUGUUUCAUGUUCUCCAUACUUCAGUGGUGCUAAGAAAAUGUUUUUAUGUUGUGUCACCUGUGUGUGUGUGUGUGUGUGUGUGUCUGUGUGUGUGUGUGUGUGUGUGUGUGUGUGUGUUUGUGUGUGUGUGUGUGUGUGUUUGUGUGUGUGUGGUUGUUAGUCUUGAGGCAGGAUGAGGAAGACAGGGGAGGGGUGCAAGUUAUUGGUGCUCCAGCAGCCAUUCAUCUGGGUAAAGGAGGAACAUACCGUACUGUACAUUACAGCACAGUCCACACUAGCCUGCUAGAUGAUAGCCUGUCUGCAGUACCAGUGCUAGGUUAGGGUAAGCUAAACACGCAUAAAAAAAAUCCCCAGACAAUUGAUUUUCCAGUGUAGUGCCUUAUAGGACGCUCCUUCAGCCUGUUUGCACAAACAGUACCUGCAGUUCAUUAGCAUACUCCUCACACUGUCUUCCAGGAGAAUCAGUACAUUGAGAAGUCAUCCUACCCGGCCCUGUCCUGACCUUCACUGUGUAUUGGGUCUGUUGUACUCAUUUUAUAUACUGUACAGUUAUUCUAAGGACUUGAGUUUGAGUAAUUAUCUGUUGCCUGAAUGAAAACAAGAUGUAUUUGUGAAAAGUGAUGAACAAACAAUAAUUAAAAAAAAUCUAAUUUUAAAA